AUGUGUGAAAAUUAUUGUAGAAUGCAAUUAUUAUAUCAGCUUCGAUAAAGAAAGUUGAUGGAAAAUAACCAAUAAAUUAAUAUUUAUUAUAGAAUAAAGAAAAGAGUUUAGAAUUCAAAAAUUUAGGAAUAAGAAUUGUCCUAUAGUGAAUCAAUUGAAAAGGAAUCCAUUUUUCCUUUUAUUAUUCGUAAAUCACCUUAAGAGCAUAAAGAUUAAAUUUAAAGCAUAAAUACUGGCAACAAUAGGAGUGUACCUUAAAACAAAGUCAAAUUAAAUGCUAAACCCAUUAACAAUAACCGAUCUAUAUCAGUAAGUAGAAGAAUUUCACCUUUUUAUGACAAAAACCUCAUUUAUGAUCAAAUUAAUACAAAAUUAGAUAAAGAAAAAAAAACUAUUGUUGUAUUUUCUCAAAGAGAAAACCCUUUAAAAAACGAUUACAUAUAUAGAUUUUGUAAAAGAGAUUCUUAAUCAAGUUAAUCUAGAAGAAGCAACUACAAUGUUUAUUUUUGA